AUGCUGAGCUUGUGACUGAGACAACCGACUGUAACUGGUAAACCGGCAGAUGACCGACAACAAGAGUUGUCGACACACUCUCCACUGUUCAGUGCUUACAUGCCAACUAAUAAUAUUCAGUAUAGUAACGUUACAUGGUCCAUCUCUUGAUUUUGCGCUCAGCAGACUGUUUCGGUUCAGAAAAUCCAAACACGAAGCAGUAAAGCUCACCGGUCAACGAAAAGCGAGCAGCAGAGAGAAGACUAGCCUACCAAGUCGGACAUUAUCACAAUUCUCAACCAAGAGGUCGGAAUCACUUGAAUGCGAAGAUGACAGACGCGGUCGUAGACGGUAAAUUGGAGCUGGUGAAACAGGCAACGAAAUAUGUAAAAGAGACCGAGAACGUCGCGGAAAAAUAUUCUGCGAUGACCGUUAGCAAGAACAGCGACAUGAACAUGAAUGUCGGUGAAUUGCAGUCCGCCGCAUUCACUGCGGUGCCCACUCUCAAAUCUGUCAAGAAGAUCCAGUUUGCGGAGGAUAAACAGGAGUUUCAGAAGUACCCCACUAAGGCCGGCCGGCGCUCCCUGUCUCGCUCCAUCUCCCAGUCCUCCACAGAUAGCUACAGCUCAGCUGCGUCCUACUCAGACAGCUCAGAUGACGAGACCUCUCCUCGGGACAAGGCCCAGGCCAACUCCAAGGGCAGCAGCGACUUCUGCGUUAAGAACGUCAAACAGGCAGAGUUCGGCAGACGGGAGAUCGAGAUCGCAGAGCAAGAUAUGUCAGCCCUGAUCUCGCUGAGGAAGAGAGCCCAGGGGGAGAAGCCUCUAGCUGGGGCGAAGAUAGUGGGCUGCACCCACAUAACAGCUCAGACUGCAGUUCUGAUUGAGACCCUGGUAGCUCUUGGAGCUCAGUGUCGUUGGACAGCCUGUAACAUCUACUCUACUCAGAACGAGGUGGCUGCUGCCCUGGCAGAGACUGGUGUGCCUGUGUUUGCGUGGAAGGGCGAGUCAGAGGAUGACUUUUGGUGGUGCAUCGACCGCUGUGUCAACACGGAAGGCUGGCAGGCCAACAUGAUUCUGGAUGACGGAGGGGAUCUGACCCACUGGGUUUAUAAGAAGUACCCCAGCGUGUUUAAGAAGGCUCAGGGCAUCGUGGAGGAGAGUGUCACUGGAGUCCACAGGUUGUACCAGCUGUCCAAGGCAGGCAAGCUGUGUGUUCCGGCCAUGAAUGUGAAUGACUCUGUUACCAAGCAGAAGUUUGACAACCUCUACUGCUGCAGAGAGUCCAUCCUGGACGGUUUGAAGAGGACCACUGAUGUGAUGUUUGGGGGGAAACAGGUGGUGGUGUGUGGUUAUGGAGAGGUGGGGAAGGGUUGCUGUUCUGCUCUGAAGGCCCUAGGAGCCAUCGUCUGCAUCACAGAGAUAGACCCCAUCUGCGCCCUGCAGGGCUGCAUGGAUGGGUUCAGGGUGGUGAAGCUGAAUGAAGUCAUUCGUCAGAUGGACCUGGUGAUAACCUGCACAGGUAAUAAGAACGUGGUGACCAGAGAGCAGCUGGACCGGAUGAAGAAUGGCUGUAUAGUCUGCAACAUGGGACAUUCCAAUACCGAGAUUGAUGUGGCCAGCCUGCGGAGCCCGGAGCUUACCUGGGAGAGGGUGCGUUCUCAGGUGGACCAUGUGAUCUGGCCCGACGGCAAGAGGGUUGUCCUGCUGGCUGAGGUACGGUUUCUGUCCUCUACAACCCCUGUGUCCCUGGCCUGGAGUUUUGUCCUGUCUAUCACAGCCACUACUCAGGCCCUGGCUCUGAUUGAGCUGUUCAAUGCUCCUGAGGGACGCUACAAACAGGAUGUCUAUCUGCUGCCUAAGAAGAUGGAUGAGUAUGUGGCCAGCUUGCAUCUGUCCAAUUUUGACGCCCACCUGACAGAGUUGUCUGAUGAGCAGGCGAAGUACAUGGGUCUGAACAAGAACGGCCCCUUCAAACCCAACUACUACAGGUAUUGA